UAUAAAUUAGGCGCAAUUAAUGAACAUGAUCAUGAAUCUAAUGAAACCCCAUCUCCUGAAUUGAUUGAGCUUUACCAUAAUAUCAAGAAAUGUCGUGAUUUAAGAAAAAAAUAUCAAUCAAUUUCAUUACAAUAUCCUGAUCAAAAUCCUAAAAAUGAAGAAAAUUGGGAAAUUUAUCCACCACCACCAAGACCAACCUAUAAUAAUAAACAAAUCCUACCAGAUUCUGUUCAACCGGAUUCCAAGACAUUUGAUUUAAGCAAGUGUAAAAUCCCUGCUAAAGAUGAUUCUGUUGUUUACAAAUUAAACUCUGAUGAUGUUUUUGAAAUGAUUGACCUUAAAUCAGGUUCCAAAAUAGCUGACGUUCCAUCAUUAAAAGAAUACUAUAUGGAUAUGGAUCAAAUCGUGGCAAUUUCAUCAGAUGGUCCAGCCAAAUCUUUUGCCUUCAGAAGAUUACAAUACUUGGAAGCAAGAUGGAACUUAUACUAUUUGUUGAAUGAUUAUGAAGAAACUUCUGUUAGUAAAAAAAAUCCUCAUAGAGAUUUUUAUAACGUUAGAAAAGUUGAUACACACGUUCACCAUUCUGCUUGUAUGAACCAAAAGCAUUUGUUGAGAUUUAUUAAGCAUAAGAUUAAGAAUGAUCCAGAUGAAAAAGUUAUUCAUAGAGAUGGUAAAGUGUUAACGUUAGAUGAAGUUUUCAAAUCUUUAAAUCUAACUGCUUAUGAUUUAUCCAUUGAUACUUUAGAUAUGCAUGCUCAUAAGGAUACUUUCCAUAGAUUUGAUAAAUUUAAUUUGAAAUAUAACCCAAUUGGUGAAUCAAGAUUAAGAGAAAUUUUCCUAAAGACUGAUAAUUAUAUUAAGGGUAAAUAUUUAGCUGAUAUUACAAAACAAGUUUUCAGUGAUUUAGAGAAUUCUAAAUAUCAAAUGUGUGAAUAUAGAAUUUCAAUUUAUGGUCGUUCAAUUGAUGAAUGGUCAAAACUGGCUGAUUGGGUCAUUGAUAAUAAUUUAUUAAGUCAUAAUGUUAGAUGGUUAAUUCAAGUUCCAAGAUUAUAUGAUAUUUACAAGAAAACUGGAUUGGUUUCUAGCUUCCAAGAUAUUAUUAAAAACUUAUUUCAACCAUUAUUCGAAGUUUCCCAAGAUCCAAGUAAAAAUCCAAAACUACACGUCUUCUUGCAAAGAGUCAUUGGGUUUGAUUCAGUUGAUGAUGAAUCUAAAAUUGAUAGAAGAUUUCAUAAAAAAUAUCCAGUCCCAUCAUUAUGGGAUGCUUCACAAAAUCCACCAUAUUCUUAUUACUUGUAUUAUUUAUAUGCAAAUUUAGCUCAAUUGAACAAUUAUAGAGCUAAAAGAGGGUUCAACACUUUUGUCUUGAGACCUCAUUCUGGUGAAGCUGGUGAUCCUGAACAUUUAAUCAGUGCAUAUUUAACUUCAGAGGGUAUUUCUCAUGGUAUCUUGUUAAGAAAGAUUCCAUUUGUUCAAUAUUUAUACUAUUUAGAUCAAGUUGGUGUUGCCAUGUCCCCAUUAUCCAAUAAUGCAUUGUUCUUAACCUAUGAUAAGAACCCAUUCCCAUAUUAUUUCAAGAGAGGUUUGAAUGUUUCAUUAUCAACUGAUGAUCCAUUACAAUUCUCUUAUACUAGAGAACCUUUGAUUGAAGAAUAUUCAGUUGCUGCUCAAAUUUAUAAAUUAUCCAAUGUUGAUAUGUGUGAGUUGGCCAAGAAUUCAGUUAUUCAAAGUGGAUGGGAACAUAAUAUCAAGAAACACUGGUUAGGAUCAGAUUUUGGUAAAGGUGGUAUCAAUGGUAACGAUGUUGAAAAGACUAACGUUCCAGAUAUUAGAGUUGCUUAUAGAGAGGAAACAUUAUUAACCGAGUACGAUCUUAUCAAUUAUUAUGCU